AGGAGUGUGUGCCUGGUCUGUGCGCUCAGCGAUGGCAUCUGCUUGGUGGCCCUGCCUGGUCUUGGCUCUGCUCUCCGGCUUGGCAGCCUCUGGCUUCCCGAGAAGCCCCUUCUGGCUGCGGGGGAAACGGAGCAUCCCGGAAGGGGUGGUUGAUGGCAUUGAGGUCUACAGCACCAAAAUCAACAGCAAGGUGACCUCCCGCUUUGCUCACAAUGUGGUCACCACAAGGGCUGUCAACCGUGCAGACGUGGCCAAGGAAGUUUCCUUUGACGUGGAGCUGCCCAAGACGGCCUUCAUCACGAACUUCACCUUGACUAUCGAUGGCAUUACUUACCCUGGGAACGUCAAGGAGAAGGAAGUCGCCAAGAAGCAGUAUGACAAGGCUGUAUCCCAGGGCAAGACAGCUGGUUUGGUUAAGGCCUCUGGGAGGAAGCUGGAGAAGUUCACCGUUUCAGUCAAUGUGGCUGCGGGCAGCAAGGUCACCUUUGAGUUGACCUACGAGGAGCUGCUGAAGAGGCACAAGGGCAAGUACGAGAUGUACCUCAAGGUCCAGCCCAAGCAACUGGUCAAACACUUUGAGAUCAAGGUAGACAUCUUCGAGCCCCAAGGUAUCAGCAUGCUGGACGCCAAGGCCUCAUUCAUCACCAAUGACCUCCUGGGCAGUGCCCUCACCAAGUCCUUCUCAGGGAAAAAGGGCCAUGUGUCCUUCAGGCCCAGCUUAGACCAGCAGCGUUCAUGCCCAAACUGCACAGACUCCCUCCUCAAUGGAGAUUUCACCAUCACCUAUGACGUGAACAGAGAGUCUCCGGCCAGUGUACAGAUAGUCAACGGCUACUUCGUGCACUUCUUUGCACCUCAAGGCCUCCCAGUGGUGCCUAAGAACGUGGUCUUCGUGAUUGAUGUCAGUGGCUCCAUGGCUGGCCGGAAAAUACACCAGACAAGAGAUGCCCUCCUCAAAAUCCUAGAUGAUAUGAAGGAAGAGGACUACCUCAAUUUCAUCCUGUUCAGUGGAGACGUGACCACCUGGAGAGAGCACUUAGUCCAGGCCACUGCUGAGAACCUGCAGGAGGCCAGGGCGUUUGUGAAGACCAUUGAGGAAAGAGGAAUGACCAACCUCAACGAUGGGCUGCUGAGGGGCAUCGGUAUGUUGAACAUGGCCUGGGAGGAGCACAGAGUCCCGGAGAGGAGCACCUCCAUUGUCAUCAUGCUGACUGAUGGGGAAGCCAAUAUUGGUGUGACAAAUCCCGAAACAAUCCAAGAGAAUGUGCGAAAUGCCAUCAGGGGCAAGUUCCCCUUGUAUAACCUGGGCUUUGGCAACAAUCUGAAUUAUAACUUGCUGGACGCUAUGGCCCUGGAGAACCAUGGGUUUGCCCGACGCAUUUAUGAGGAUUCUGAUGCCGAUUUGCAGUUGCAGGGCUUCUACGAAGAGGGCAACCCACUGCUGACAGGCGUGGAGGUGAAGUACCGCAGAAUGCCGAUCCUGGACCUCACCCAGAACAGUUACAGGCACUUCUACGAUGGCUCUGAGAUCGGUGGCCCGGGGCGCCUGGUGGACGAGCACCUGAACAGUUUUAAGGCCGAUGUGAAGGGCCAUGGGGCCAUCAACGACCUGACCUUCAGCGAGGAGGUGGACAUGAAGGAGAUGGGGGCUCUGCAGGAGCAGGAUUACAUUUUGGGAAUUACAUUGGAGCGGCUCUGGGCCUACCUUACCAUCGAGCAGCUGCUGGAGAAACGCAAGAAUGCCCAUGGCGAGGAGAAGGAGAAGCUCACAGCCCAGGCCCUGGACCUGUCCCUCAAGUACCACUUUGUGACUCCGCUGACCUCCAUGGUGGUGACCAAGCCUGAGGACAAUGAGGACAUUGCCGACAAACCUGGGGAAGAAGCCACCUCUGUCACCGCCUCUAGAGCCUUCUUCACCAAAGCCAGUUACCAGCCUCCUCAAACGCCCUACUACUACGUGGAUGGGGACCCCCACUUCAUCAUCCAAGUUCCUGAGAAAGACGAUGCCCUCUGCUUCAACAUUGAUGAAGACCCAGGCACAGUGCUACGCCUCAUUCAGGACCCAGACACAGGCCUCACAGUUAAUGGGCAGAUCAUUGGUGACAAGGGAGGCAGCCCUGCCUUUGAGACCAGAAAGACUUACUUUGGAAAACUGGGCAUUACCAACGCUCAGAUGGACCUCCAGAUUGAGGUGACAACGGAGAAGAUCACCUUGUGGAGUGGAGCUGUGCCCAGCACUUUCAGCUGGCUGGACACAGUCACCAUCACACAGGAUGGGCUGUCCAUGACCAUCAACAGGAAGAAGAACAUGAUGGUCUCCUUUGGAGAUGGGAUUACCUUUGUAGUCGUCCUGCACCAGGUGUGGAAGAAACAUCCCAUCCACCAGGACUUUCUAGGCUUCUAUGUCAUGGACAGUCACCGGAUGUCAGCACAGACACAUGGGCUGCUGGGGCAAUUCUUCCACCCCUUCGACUUUAAAGUCUCUGACAUCCACCCAGGCUCUGACCCCACAAAGCCAGAUGCCACCAUGGUGGUGAAGAACCAUCGGCUGACUGUCACCAGGGGCUCCCAGAAAGACUACAGAAAGGACACCAACACUGGCACGAAGGUCGCCUGCUGGUUCGUCCACAACAAUGGGGAGGGGCUGAUUGAUGGUGUCCACACUGAUUACAUUGUCCCCAACCUGUUUUGAGUAGACACACCAUCUGUUGUUGAGAUGUAUUUCCUGCAUCUGCAACAGGGGUGCAGAAUGGGCCCUGUGGGAGGGGCCGGGACAAUAAAGCCCAUGUUGGAAACCAGUGA